AUGGACGACUUUUACAGACCAGCAAGCUGCCCUGACUGUCUUCCUCAGGGGCUAGUCGCCGACAUAUACCACUCACUAUCCAUUUCGCCAGCCAUACUAGCGACUCUCCUCUUCGGCCCCAUUCUCAUCUUCCUUACUGCUCGGCUAUUACUUAUAGGAGAUACUCCAGACCCCAAGGAAGAAAAAGAACAGACAUCAUGGAUGGUUCCAUUUCAACCUGUGCCAUGGCGAGUCCUGGAAUGUUUCUUUGGAGUGCCGAGACGGAGUGAAGAGAAAUACAAGGAAAUAUCAGAAGAACUGAAGGCAUGUAAUCGCUUCAUCCUAGACGAGCCACACAUGACCUUGCUACUCAACAAUGCAACCCAAAACCUCGAACGAAACAUCCCACAAAUGAUCUCUUUCAUAAACACUUCCAUCGAUCUCCAGCCAUGGGAGCAGCACGCCCAAGCCCAUUUUAUCUCCUCGUCAGAAGCAGAGCUCAAUCUCCAAUCUCUCAUCCGGGACAUGACGGGCUAUGCCCUCGUCCCGGCUGUCUUCGGCCAUGCACUCCUAGAGAAGUAUCCUGCUAUCCUGCACGACUUGCAUAUUAUGGAUACAGGUAGUAGCUACCUUCUGAAGAACCUCCCGCCUUGGAUACCAUGGCCUGGUGUCGUACAAGCGCAUAUGGCGCGAUUUAAGGCCUUACAGUGUUUGGAUGAGCAUCAAAAGGCGGUUGAUGGAAUGAUUAUGGGUAUGGGUACCGAUGCAUCAUGGGGGGAUUUGGAGGAUGUGAGUGAGCUGAUCAUGAAGAGAAACAUUGUCUUUAGAGAGCACGGACUUGAGCUCAAAGAGCGAGCAGAUAUAACCAUCUUGUACUCUCUAAGCACCCUUCCAUCCCUUAUCAUCUUCUGGCACAUCCUCUACAUCCUCAACACACCGAACUUACUUUCACGUAUCCGGACCGAACUCAACCCCUACGCCAAGAUCACCAAACCUUUCUCUAUAGGCGCCAUUUCCGAAGCACCGAAACUGGUACUUGCUAGUCAGGGCUUGGCUGAGAAUUGUCCGCUGCUAAGAUCCACGUAUCUUGAGACGAUUAGGAUUGUUGAUCAGGGAGUGGUCAUGAGUUCAUCUCUUGGGGGAAUAGAAGGGUCAAAAGAGGAGAUUAAAUUCCCAGAGACGUUCGAUCCCGAGCGCUUCCGUAAAGCGCCAGUAGCAAGCUCGAGUUCUGCUGGAAAUACAAAAUACGCCUCGAUACACAAGAGCCAGUUGUUUAUUGAACGGGGAUGUCUAGCUGUAGUAGCAGCUAUCUUGGCAUUUUGGGACUUUGAGCCUAUAGAGAAGGGGUCUGGGUGGAAGAUUCCCGAUAAGCAGUGGAUGCGCGGGAUUGCGCUACCGGCGAAUGAUCUGCGAAUUAGGGUCAGGAGGAGGAAGUUCGACUGGGCUGAUUGA